AUGGCCUUCAAAAGCGGGUCGUUCGCGACUUUCCUCAUUGUCUGCCCAACCUGUUUCUUCCUGGGCAUUAUCUUCUCCCUCUUCCCUUACGACUAUCCCAUCCUGUGGUCCACCGUGUCAACCCCCACCUCGCACUAUGACUAUCUCGAGGCGCAUCUCCGCUUCUUGCACGCCUCGCCCCCGCUCAUCCCACGCAUCUUGCACAUCGUAAUCUUCCUCGGUCUAGCUGGUCUUCUCACCAAACUCUACAAGCCCUCUGAAUCAAACAUGCUCUUCGACGGCGCCUCCCUGGUCCUCUACAUGUGCGGCGUGACAGUCUACAUUGCCAACAUCGUCAAGGGCCUGCGCCUCGCCUCUGCAGGCCAGUACGGUGCCGACCUGGGUACCACUGACGACGAGCACGAGCAGAUCCUUGGUCGCGAGGACUCACUUAAGGUUCUUUCCGCUAGUAAUACCAUUCUCGCGCUUGUCCUGGUUGGAAUUCUGGUUCUGCAGGCUGGACAGUGGUAUGCGGAGCGCAAGGAUCAGCAGGAGGAUGAAAUCGCUACUAGCAAGAAGAAUGAGAAGGAUACCAGCGAUGCUACUGCCCCUGCUUCCGGUUCGUCGACCGCGACUGCUGGAAAGUCGGGUCGGCAGGGAAGUCAGCGUAAGAAGAGCAAUUGA